ACCCUGCAGGGACCUGCCACUCAGGAAGGAAGCCAGAGGAGGCCGUAGGCAGAGCAGCUCACCCACAGGAGAAAAGGGCCAGGCACAGAAGCCAUCAUGUGUGACGACGAGGAAACUACCGCCCUCGUGUGCGACAACGGCUCCGGCCUGGUGAAGGCUGGCUUCGCCGGAGACGACGCCCCCAGGGCCGUGUUCCCAUCCAUUGUCGGCCGCCCCCGUCACCAGGGUGUCAUGGUCGGUAUGGGUCAGAAGGACUCCUACGUCGGCGACGAGGCCCAGAGCAAGAGGGGUAUCCUGACUCUGAAGUACCCCAUUGAGCACGGCAUCAUCACCAACUGGGACGACAUGGAGAAGAUCUGGCACCACACCUUCUACAAUGAGCUGAGAGUGGCCCCCGAGGAGCACCCAACCCUGCUCACUGAGGCCCCCCUGAACCCCAAGGCCAACAGGGAGAAGAUGACCCAGAUCAUGUUUGAGACCUUCAACGUCCCCGCCAUGUAUGUGGCCAUCCAGGCUGUGCUGUCCCUGUACGCUUCCGGCCGUACCACUGGUAUUGUGCUGGAUGCUGGUGAUGGUGUGACCCACAAUGUCCCAGUCUAUGAGGGUUACGCCCUGCCCCACGCCAUCAUGCGUCUUGACCUGGCUGGUCGCGAUCUGACCGACUACCUGAUGAAGAUCCUGACUGAGCGUGGCUACUCCUUUGUGACCACUGCUGAGCGUGAGAUCGUGCGCGACAUCAAGGAGAAGCUGUGCUAUGUGGCUCUGGACUUCGAGAACGAGAUGGCCACCGCUGCCUCCUCCUCCUCCCUGGAGAAGAGCUACGAGCUUCCCGACGGUCAGGUCAUCACCAUCGGUAACGAGAGGUUCCGUUGCCCCGAGACCCUCUUCCAGCCAUCCUUUAUUGGUAUGGAGUCUGCUGGUAUUCAUGAGACUGCCUACAACAGCAUCAUGAAAUGCGAUAUUGACAUCCGUAAGGAUCUGUACGCCAACAAUGUGCUCUCCGGCGGUACCACCAUGUACCCUGGUAUUGCUGACCGUAUGCAGAAGGAGAUCACUGCUCUGGCCCCCAGCACCAUGAAGAUCAAGAUCAUUGCUCCUCCUGAGAGGAAGUACUCCGUCUGGAUCGGUGGCUCCAUCCUGGCUUCCCUGUCCACCUUCCAGCAGAUGUGGAUCUCCAAGCAGGAGUACGACGAGGCUGGCCCCAGCAUUGUCCACAGGAAGUGCUUCUAAAUCCUCCACCUUCUCCAUCACCUUCUCCGUCACCUUCACCACCAACCAACCAAAGCUCAGCCAAGGAGGAGGAUCCACCUCUGCGCCACAGCAACAGUCUGCUGUCAACGGACUGUCUGUCUUCGCUGUUGAAAUUCACAUGCAACUUUGAUAAUUUUGAAAUCUGCAUAUUUUGUGGCUGUCUGUUGUCUGUGCUGCACGGAGACAGAGGCUGUGAAAACAACCACUGAACCAUGCAUCUACCAAAAAAACUUUAAUAAAAAAAAAUCACAAAGACAUGUUGCCCAACACAUGUGAAUGUAAGUGUAUAUACAUAUUCAUAAUUUAUUAAAGUCCAUUAUUUGGUA